UUUCUAACUCAAUCACUUUCUAAUCUUUAUUUAGUCCUUUGCUAACUCACCUUGUGCUAAGAUUUUAUCUUUUUCAUCAGAGAAUUUUGCUAAUUUUGGGGGGAAAAUUUAAGCUGUGUUCAUAAUUUGUCAACUGCUGCUUUCAGCUAGUGUCCGCUUUAAUUUUAGCGCCGUCUAAAUAUUACAUUACAUACAUUGCAGAAUAGUACAAAUAUAUAUUUUUUGACAUUCUUAAAUGACAAAUUAAAUAAUUGUAUUGAAAACAGCUAAAAAUGAAAUGAUUAUGUACAUUGAGUUGCAGGCGUGUGCAGAGUUUGGUCCCCGGACCAGGAGUUGGGACCUCUUCUCUAACAGAUAGCCAAUCAAACCAACUAAAUUUCUAGGAGGGAAGGUCAUCUGUGUUCGCUGCAUCAGUCAGAGCUGCUCUGGAUCACACUGUUCCUGUUCUUGUUUCCACCCCCUCUCUGCCAGGGGGGAGAAUCGGGGAGGACGAGGAGACUCCGAGCUCCUGAGGGUGAGUAAGAACCAACAGGUGUAAAGCUCUCACCUCUGUCGUUCUUUGUCAUUUCGGAGACGCUUCUUCUAUGGCGACACUUUGUGGGCGUGUGGUGCCAAAAUGCUGCGCUGGCUGUGCGCCCGAGCCGCGCUCUGUGCGCCAGGACUGUGGACUGUUCGUCUGCCGCUGGGUUUUACUGCGGUAGAAGUGAGGAGGGAAAGUGACCCGGUCACAGACUCGGCGACAUCAUCAGCGUUUUUAAUAUUUAUUUACGUCUGAGAGGUAGAUCUUCCACGGUGGAUGAGUAUUUUAUCUCCAGAAAACGCACGGAGAUGCCGCGUCAGACCCGCCUCCUCCUGCUGCUGCUCCUGUUCCUGAUGCUGUUCCUGGACUUCAGCAGCAGCAGCAGCCAGAGAAGGUCAUCAGGAACCGGUCGAGUCCGGAAGAAGGCCCGCAGGAACCGCUCCUGCCUGGACCUGCCUGAGGAGAUCCUGGAGCAGAUGUUCGGCCGCCUGUCUGUGGGGGUGAUGAGCGCCUUCCAUCACGCGCUGCAGCUGGAGCCGCAGGGGAAAGUGAACAUGAGCUGCCCGAACACCGGCCGAACCAUGACCCAGACCAGCAGCCGUCUGCCGGUCAACCUGCUCAGUGUCUCCCCCUGGGCCUACAGGAUCUCCUAUGACCCGACCCGUUACCCCCGUCACAUCCCUGAGGCCUACUGUCUGUGUAAAGGCUGCCUGCUGGGAUCCUACGGUCAGGAGAGUGAACACUUCCGCAGCACUCCGGUCUACGCUCCCUCCGUCAUCCUGAAGAGGACCGGCUCCUGCGUCGCAGGUCGACACUCCUACACCGAGAUCUACGUGUCCGUGGCCGUGGGCUGCACCUGCGUCCCCCUCCUGGACAAGGAGAGGGACGCGCGCAGAAGCAACCAGAGUCUGGACAGAACCCAGACCAAAGCUGGACACACGAGGACUGUGAGAAAGAAGGUGUAGAGGAAGCUUUUCUACAUGGGAGUCAGGUCAGACUGUGGCCUUACUACCAGUGGGAGAGCAGAGCCUAAUAAUAAUAAUAAUAAUGCUGACUAGAGUUGACAUUUACAAAGAGGAUCAGACGAUGACAGUUUCAACUCUGUUGGAACAAGAUUACAGUAUUUUCUUCUUCAGAAGAGUCAAAGACUAAUAUGUGUUUUGGAAAAUAAAUGUAGCUGUUGUUCAAAAAAUGGAGAUGAAAACCUUGUUUAUUUUUCAGUGACAGAAGCAAAAAGAUUAAAAAGCAAACUUAAGUUAACAAAGACUUACGCCAAGAACUCCUGUGUCAACAUGCAGCGGUUAUAUGCUGCCCCCUGCUGGCGUAAAUAAAGACUACCGGUAAGUCAUACAACAGACACAGCAGACACAAAAUAUAUAUUUUAAGUAAAGUAUAUAUUUUUUUAAAUCUUGAUCAAAUACUGUAGUAACCGACCAGUGAAUGCCUCACAGCUCUGUGUUUUCUCUGUCCGUGACAGACUUCUGUGUUUGUGUAAAGGAUCUACAAACAUUCCCGUUAGUCAGAACCAGUUCUGGGAUGUUAUGAAAGGAGCAGGUUGAAUCAGAUUUUCUUUGAAAGUGUGUACUUAACUUCACUAACACCUGUGUUGUUCUUGCGUCAUCAGAAAAGUCCAAACAUGAGUCAGAGGACAGUCCUACAGCAGUUUGGAUGGAUAGUUAACAAAGCAGCGGAACUCGUUAGACAGGUUUCUGUUGUGUUUGGGAUGAAAGCUGCACUUCCUCACAUCCAGAAGUUCUUUGG